AUGAGCCACUGGAAAGGAUACGAGAGAGUCAUCUUGGCGGGAAACGAACGCGCCUACGACCGCCGCGGAACCGAAUUUCGAAACGACCCGACCAGCACGCGCUUUGCCCGUAUUGGGAACCAUACGCUGACAUGCUCUACUUUAGGUCGCCGCUCUCUUUCCGCCCAGAAGAAGGAGUGCGCUGCCUGCGGUUACCCCAACGCCAAGAUCCGCAAGUACAACUGGAGCGAGAAGGCCAAGCGCAGAAAGACCGUCGGAACCGGCCGCACGCGCUACCUCAAGGACGUCUCCCGCCGCUUCAAGAACGGCUUCCAGACCGGCCAGCCCCGCGGCGCCCGCGGUCCCACCACCAAGGAGUAA